AUGACGAGCAUUCUCAGCGGCAGCGGCAGCUGCAACCGCUACGAGGUCUCUCUCGACCCGCCCGCUAUGCGUAAGUUCGCCAAGCUAUGGCAUUUGGCCUUUGCCACCAUCUAUUGCUCCCGAGCCAUCACUACCUCCGCAAAGAUAACCACCAAGUUCCCUAGUAAAUCUCCUUCCUACUCUUCGAUUUCAAUCCCCGAUCACAGCUCCUUCCAUAUUGAUCAGUCGCAGCUUACGAAGCUGGUCAAGGACAAGAACCUCAUCCGCCUCAGUGAAUUCGGCGGUGUCAGCAAAGUCGCGUCGGCCCUCAAAACUGAUGUCUCUCGCGGAAUUAGCGGCGAAACGGAUGAUGUCACUCGCAGGCAAAACGCAUUUGGCGUCAACACAUUCAAGCCACCCACUAUGGGCUUCUUUCACUUUGUGUUCGAGGCUUUCAAGGACCUCACGCUCAUGAUUCUUCUUGUUUGCGCUGGGCUUUCGCCUGGGUUUGCGAUCAAGGAGAACGGGCUCAAGGAAGGCUGGUACAAUGGCGGGAGCCCAUUCUUCACAGUUUUCCUCAUGAUCGUGGUGUCGGCCGUGAGGAAUUACCGGCAGAACUGGCAGUUCGAUAAAUCGUAUGGGGCGAGCAGUGAUAUUCUCAUCGAUGUGAUAAGGAAGGGAGGGCCGUGCGAGGUUUCCAUACCCGACAUUGUUGUCGGAGAUGUCGUUUGUUUGAAGAACAAUGAUCAAAUCCCAGCAGAUGGGUUGUUACUGGGCGGGCACUCCUUGCAGGUCGACGAAUCAAGCAUGACCGGGGAGAGUGGUUGCAUAGAAAAGAAGAGCAAUCAAAAUCCCUUCCUGUUCUCUGGAACAAAGGUCGCUUAUGGGUCUGCUCGGAUGCUGGUUACAUCGGUCGGGAUGAACACAAAGGGGGGCGAGAUGAUGAGGCCAAUCAACCGCAACAGCAGUGAACAGACCCCUUUACAGGCUCGGCUCAACAAGCUCACCUCAUCAAUUACCAAAGUCGGUUUGGCGGUCAAUUCUCUGGUUCUUGUGGUCCUGCUAAUUUGCUACUUCAAGGGAAACAAACAUGACGAGCAUGGGAAACGGGAAUCCGUUCCAGGCCAAACGAUGGGUGACCAUAUCAUGAACUCCGUGGUAGGCAACAUUGCAGCCGCAGUGACAAUCGUGGUGGUCUUGAUUCCUGAAGGCUUGCCACUUGCGGUAACAAUCACCCUUGCUCAUUCGAUGAAGAGGAUGAUGGUGGAUCAAGUGAUGGCAAGGAAACUUUCAGCCUGCGAGACAAUGGGGUCAGCCACCAUUAUUUGCACUGACAAGACCGGCACUCUCACGAUGAACGAGAUGGAAGUGACGGAAUUCUGGGUCGGCCAAGAUUCUGUGGCGGAAAACAUGUGCUCCUCUGUCUCCAAGUUUGUCCUGGAUUUGAUUCGGGACGGAGUUGCUUUGAACACCACGAGCAUCGUCUAUAGGCUGCUUUUGGGAUCGGAGUACGGGUUCUCCAAUAGUCCCACUGAAAAAGCGAUUUUUUCCUGGGCGGAUGCUCAAUUGAGCAUGGACACGGACGAGACAAAGAAGUGCUGUGAAGUCAUCCAAGUCGAAGCCUUCAACUCACAGAAGAAGAGAAGCGGUGUCCUAAUAAAGAAGAGCUUGGACGGCAAAUUCCAUGUGCACUGGCAAGGAGCGGCAGAGAUGGUCUUGUCCAAGUGCUCAAGCUUCUACGACGGGUCGGGGGAAGUGAAAGAUUUGGAUGAAAAUGGAAGGGUGAGAUUCGAGCAGAUUAUCCGGGGGAUGGCGGCGAGCAGCCUCAGGUGCAUUGCUUUCGCUCAUAAACAAAUCUCCGAGGAAGCUAUCCUAGAAAGAGAAGACGGGGACAAGAUCCAAGAGGACGGCCUGACAUUACUAGGACUUGUUGGUAUUAAGGACACGUGUGGUCCCGAUGUGAAGAGAGCAGUCCAAGAUUGUCAGGAGGCAGGAGUGAAAAUCAUGAUGAUAACGGGAGACAACAUCUUCACCGCCCAGGCCAUCGCCUUGGAGUGCGGUAUUCUCACUCCCAGAGACGAUGCCUCUAACGAGACCAUUGUGGAAGGAGCUGAGUUCCACGAUUCCAUGGAGAGAGCUGAGAAUAUCUGGGUCUUGGCGAGAUCCUCGCCUUUCGAUAAGCUCCACAUGGUUCAAUGCCUGAAGCAGAAUGGCCAUGUGGUUGCAGUCACGGGGGACGGCAUGAACGAUGCACUGGCCCUCAAGGAAGCCGACAUCGGGGUCUCGAUGGGCAUCCAAGGCACCGAGGUCGCCAAAGAGAGCUCGGAUAUCAUCAUCGACAACUUUGCCUCCAUGGUGAAGGUGUUGCUGUGGGGUCGAUGUGUCUAUGAUAAUAUCCAGAAGUUCAUCCAGUUCCAGCUCACGGUGAACAUCGCAGCCAUUUUGAUCAACUUUGUGGCCGCAGUCUCCUCCGGUGACAUCCCUUUGACGGCCUUCCAGCUCUUAUGGGUGAACCUAAUCGUGGACACGCUUGGUGCCUUCGCCUUGUCCACAGAGCUGCCUUCUGGGGAGCUCAUGAAAAAGCCCCCUGUGGGCCGCACCGAGCCGCUCAUAACAAACGUCAUGUGGAGGAAUCUGGUGGGACAAGCAAUUUACCAAGUGGCCAUCCUCCUCACUCUACAAUUCAAGGGCGAAUCGGUCUUUGGCGUGGACGAGGCGGUGAAGCGAACGCUAAUAUUUAAUGCGUUCAUCUUGUGCCAGGUCUUCAAUGAGUUCAAUGCGAGGAACAUCGAGAAGCAGAACGUGUUCGAGGGCAUUCACAAGAACAAGCUGUUCCUCGGGAUCAUCUUUGUGACAUUGGUCCUCCAGGUGGUGAUGGUCGAGUUCCUGAAGCGGUUCGCUGUCAUGGCACGGUUGAGCUGGGGACAAUGGGGUGCAUGUGUAGGGAUCGCGGCUGUGUCUUGGCCUAUCGGUUGGGUCGUUAAAUGCAUUCGGGCCCCUGAUACACCAAUCUUACAGCUACUUGGGAUUGAAUAG